CUUUUCCCUCCUUCCUCCUCCCUUGUGGAAGUCCUGCGCGUCCUGUGCUACGAAUUCGCCACCUUCUUCUAUUAUUGGCCCCCAUCCCAGUUCCCUUUCUAUCGGACUAUGCUCAGCCUUGUUAUAAUGAUUCUCAAGAUUCGAAUCCACUUCAAAUUGCAAGCUUUACCUAACUAUCUUUGUGGAGACUGUGCAAGACGUCGAUGAAUUCAAACAUGACCGAAGGAAUCAGUGAUAAUUGUUCAGGAAUGCCAGGUCACACCCAGCUCACCCGCUCAACUCCGAAUCCGAGCUAACCACUCGAACCUAGCGACGAAAAGUUUUUCAUCCUCUGUGGGAGCAUCGAUCUCAUCCGGGUUACCCGUUGUCACCCGCUAUUUUCGUCUGCUACGCUGGAAUCUAGAGAAUCUGCAGAUAUUUUCCGAAUUCCACGAGUUGGCCAUAAUACAACUUCUCCCGUUCGAUCGCUUCAACGCUUGGCAUACGGUGCACCGGCGUCUUCAAUUCCAUGGAUCCUCAUCAUUUUUCCUGCAUUCCUUACUGGGUCAAUGGGUUCCCUGUUCGAAUCUAAGCCAGUAGUUUGUCGUUGCUGGAUUCUCCGGUGUAGGUGCCGGUGCCUCUGAUUUAUUCCUUUUUGAUCCUAGUCGGAUAUGUUUUUGCCGUAUCAUACAAAUACCACUGUUUUCACCUCGCGCUCUACUUGUCCCUCUUCGUGUCUGUUGGUCCUCUUGUUCUCCAUGGGUUUGAUUUGGUUGAAGUAUCCCAUACAAUGGCACUCCUCUCGUGCAACUGCGUACAAGAAAAAUUUGACUCCCGAGGAGAACAAACUGAUAACGUCGAAGUGGUUGUCUUGGUAUGAAGCAGAUUGGGACUAUGGACAAACCACGCUCAUUUGCUUCUGUGUGGCAAUUGCCUGCGGCCUUGCUCUCAACGUAGUUUUCUUGUUGAGAAACAGGUCGUCGCCAGGGCCUGCAUCAAGACAGCGUGCAAGUAUUAUCGACAGGGUUACAGCUGCUCUUCGAUACACAGUUGCCAGACAGUAUCACAUCCCCUUACUUCAUUGGUACUCACCUCCUCUUGCUGCUAUCAUCGGUGUCGCAGGGAUCUUCAUCUUUAUUUUUGCGCUGUCACUCGGCGCACGUCCAUAUCAAUGGCCCAACAUGGCCAUGGGACACAGUCCUCCCAUUGCAACUAGAACGGGAUGGAUUUCGAUUGCCAUUAUGCCAUUCAUGAUUGCCUUCGCUACGAAAGUCAAUUGGAUCGGCAUGCUCACUGGGACUUCACAUGAGAAACUACAAGUGUUCCACCGAUGGUCUGCGCUUGUCAUGUAUAUCACUUCCUUAAUCCACACCUUCGUCUUCAUCGUUCAGGCCAUCGACUUGGACGAAUGGGAGGUGCAGUGGAAGACCAAUUGGUAUUGGACGGGUAUCGCCGCACUAGUCCCUCAGACGUUUUUGGUCUUCAUGUCAUGGGGCUAUUUCCGGAAUAAAUACUACGAGACGUUCAAACGAUUACAUUUCUUAGCUGCAAACGUUUUCAUGGUAUUCCUAUUCAUCCACUGCUGCUUCCGUUUGACGUCCUGGGACUAUUUCGCGGCGACUGCAGGAAUUUACUUCGCCGCUUGGUUCGCUCGAUACCUACGAACUACCUACAACACGGCCUUCGGUGUCGCAGCCACUCUCGAAUUGCUUCCUGACAACCAAUUACUCAAGCUCACAGUCCAUAUUCCUCCCCGAGUAAAGUGGUCUCCUGGUCAACAUUUCUUCAUCCGGUUCUUGAACGCCGGGAUACAUGUCUUCAGUUCUCAUCCGUUUACUGUUACCUCUCUUCCUUCUGACGGUCAUAUGGAAUUCAUUUUCGGUGUUCGAGAAGGAAUCACGAAAAAGCUGGGCGACAUGGUCAAAGGGAGGACUUCGGUGAGAAUGCGAGUCUUCAUUGAUGGUCCGUAUGGAGGUCUACCAGCUUCGCUGGGAGGAUUCGAUCAUGUGUGUCUAUUGGCAGGAGGAACCGGUAUGACGUCCACCCUUCCUGUCUUGUCGCAUCUCUUGAAGGACACCGACAAGAUGAACUUGAAGACUAUCGAUUACCUUGUUGCUGUCAAGAAACGGGAAACUGCGACCUGGCUCGAAGACACGCUUGUCUCAAUGAACGCGAACGGAUUGACACGAACGGUCCAUGUCACGGACCCAGACGACCAAUCUGGAUUACUAAAGGACGGUGGGAGUGAGGACAGUAGUUUAUCGGAGCAGAAGGCAGAACAAGCGUACUCGAACACUAAACUCGUUGCUGGUAGACCUGAUCUUCCGGCUCUCAUAAAGGAGGUUUACAAGACGAGAAGUGGGAGAGUUUCCAUCGUCGCGUGUGGCCCAGAAUCGUUCUUGUAUGACGUUCGAAAUGCUGUCGCCGAAUGCCAACUUGUCUUGUUAGAUGGAUAUGGUGAAUGCACGGAUCUUUAUCUGCACACGGAAAACUAUAGCUGGUAGAGCCACUUUAACGAUAACUUCACAAAUAAUCCAAGAGAACGUCCGACUUGUAUCGAGUAUAUAGUCACUAAGUAAACCACUGAAAAUGACCUCUCUCCAUGAUGCCUACGCUAUCACAGGCGUUCCAUUUCAC